AGUAACAUCAUCCUGCUUCAGUCUCCACCUCGGGGUGUUUAGCUGGGCUUCAACACCCCAGACAAGGACCCAGAGUUAGACUGAACCAUCCUAAGGGAAAGCGAAGGAAGGAAGACCAUGGGGAGAUUCAUCUUUGUGAGCCUCAGCUUGCUGGUUGUGGCCCUUUCCCUGAGUGGAGUGAAAGGCUGUUGUUGUCCUAAUGAUUGGCUGUCCAGGAAUGGGUUUUGCUACAAGGUCAAUGAUCAGUUCAAGACCUGGAACGAUGCCGAGAUGUUGUGCAGGAAAUUUAAGCCAGGCUGCCACCUCGCCUCCAUCCAUAGCAUGGCAGAGUCAGCUGACUUGGCCGAAUACAUCACAGACUACCUGAACGGUGAUGGAAAUGUCUGGAUUGGACUGAACGACCCACAGAAAAAACACAACUGGGUGUGGUCAGACCGAUCCUGCACUGACUACUACUCCUGGAAUUCAGGAGAGCCCAACAACCAACAGAACAAAGAGAACUGCGUUGAGCUCAUAGCCAAGACAGCUAACUCAACCCUGAGGCGAUCGGAGGACUUAGCUGAGUUUGAAGAAGUCCAGCGACGCCAACCGGUUCCUCCAGAGGACAGCAGGGACGACUCUGCCAAUAAUCCAGGGCCGGAUGGCUCAGAGGAGGAGCUGGGAGGAACAAACAGUCCCUCCGACCAGCUCGACUCACUCCCAGGGAAUGAAUUGGGCAGGGAAGGAAGGAAGACCAUGGGGCGAUUCUCCUUUCUGAGCCUUGGCUUGCUGGUCGUGGUCCUCUCCCUGAGUGGAGUCAAAGGCUGUUGUCCCCAUGAAUGGUUCUCCAGGAGCAGCUUUUGCUACAAGGUCUUCGAAGAAGCAAAGACCUGGGAAGAGGCAGAGGAGUACUGCAGGAAGUACAAGCAUGGCUGCCAUCUGGCCUCCCUAGAUGACAAGGAAGAGUUAGAGGACAUGGCUGUGCACAUCUCCCAGAAAUUCAAGGUCAACAUCUGGAUUGGACUGAGUCGUCCAUCGCAUAAAGAACAGUGGAAGUGGAGUGAUGGUUCCAAAGUCAGCUACACAUCCUGGAAAUCAGGAAAUCCCAACAACAAGCAGACAAACGAGAACUGCGUUGAGCUCUGGGCUGAGUCAGGUUACAAGAAAUGGAACAAUGAGAAAUGUGCAUCCUUGCGUCCGUUCUUCUGCCAGUGCAUAGUGUAGUGGACGUUUCUCCUGCUCCAGAGGGAGUGAAGCCCUGGUGAAGCCUGGAGAAGCAAGGAAGCCCCCCGCCUAUCAAAAUCUCAGCUCU